AUGUUUUUAAUUUCGAGUGGGCGAAGAAAUUAUUUCCAAUUAAGGAGGAUGUCCAUCCAAGCUGCUUUGAUAGAUCUCAGUGGCACGUUGCAUGUGGAAGAUGAACCGACACCCAAUGCAGUCGAAGCCCUAGUGCGAUUGCGUGACUCCGGGGUAGCGGUCAAGUUCGUUACAAAUACUACCAAGGAAUCAAAGACUACGCUUCAUGAUCGCCUCUGCAAGAUUGGAUUUCAGGUGGACCCCUCGGAGAUCUACAGUUCCCUUAGUGCCGCCGUUUCCUAUGUGGAGAGCGGCAAGCUGAAUCCCUACUAUCUCUUAUCGGAAGAUGCUAGGAAAGAUUUCCCCCCGGAAGAUCCGGAACGUUAUUUUAAUUCCGUAGUAGUAGGUUUGGCGCCCAACGCAUUCAACUAUGAGCAAAUGAACAAGGCUUUCAAGGUUUUACUAGAAAAAAAGGAUAACCAACUGGUGGCUGUUCAUCAAGGGAAGUAUUACAAGCGUGGAGAUGGCCUUGCCUUGGGGCCUGGAUGCUUUGUUAAGGGUCUUGAGUUUGCCACAGGACGAACUGCCAAAGUGAUCGGCAAGCCCAACUCUUACUUCUUUGAGGGCGCCUUGGCUGGACGAGAUCCCUCUUCCUGCGUCAUGAUAGGAGAUGAUGCAACUGACGACAUCGAGGGUGCAAUGAGCGUGGGAAUGCAGGGAAUCCAGGUCAAAACUGGUAAAUAUUUGCCAGGUGUAGUACCAUCCCCGCCAGCCACUGCUUUGGUGGAGAACUUCUCCGAGGCUGUUGAUUGGAUAAUUCAAAAUAAUAAAAAAUAGAUCACCGUUGAACAUAAUUAAAAGAUUGUUAUAUAAAUAUGUAUACAAAUGCUUUUAUUUUAUAAAUAAGCAAAAAAUUCGUAUGAAAUGCUGUUUGGAACAGAUCAACGAUUACCGUUAAGCAGAGUUUUAUCAAAAUUGUGAGUAAAAUAAAGGCAUGGCCGAUCGAAA